CGAUGAUGGAUAGGGAAAACGUGAUUUUGAUUCUUCACAAGCCGCUGACCUAGCAAUCGCGACAACAAAAAAGAUUAGCAUUGUGUCGAAAGAGUUCAGUCGAGACAAUUUCAUCUGUCAACUUCCGCUGAUUGCUCUUGUACAAGUCCCAUCUUUGUCAUGAAGCUAGCCUUACUUUUUACGGCCGCUCUCUAUGCGACGUCGGCUACCGCCUUCUCAGUCGCCCCAUCUAUCCAACCACGCAGCAGUGCCGCAUGUACCACCUCUACGGCACGUUCCAUGUUUGGCGGUGCCGGCGAAGGAAUGCCGAACGAAGACGAUCCGGAGCAGCUUAAGCAGAUGGAACAGGCUGCCAAAUCAAUGGGAAUGAAUCUGGAAGAGUAUAAACUCGGAAUUAGCGCCCGUGCACGUUUAACCAAAGAGUUGGAUGCUGCCCGUAUCACCAGCGGGAACAAGGCCAAUGUGUCCAUUGAAAGGGAUGGAAAUAAUCCUCCCAAGCUGCUGGAAAUCUCUAUCACUGAGGACGGAAAAAAGCUGGGAAAGGAAGCUUUAUCGAAAGAGCUAUGA